AAUAAUGAAUAAACAUUUAAGCCUUUUCACCUGGGCAAUAAUUGCCCUGGUUUUGAGUUGUGGGUGUGUCGCCUAUCCCACUGAAUCUGAUGCCGAGCAGACAACCGAAUCGCCCAUAGCCGAUAUGGCUUUGGUGGAUACCCAUAUGAAGGACAGUAAGACCGAGACGGAAGUUAAGGAACAUGGCAAACAACACUCUGCUAAGGGCGAUAGUGCCACACCCCAGACUAUUGCCGAUUUUGUAAUUCAUCCUUUGAUUGCAUUGAAACCAAGAACUCCUGAGGAAGCUGUAGGCGAGGGCAAACAAGCCGGAAGUACCACUACACCCGCACCUUGGCAAUUUUUCGGAUUCAAUCCAUCCCAAAGUUUGGGUUCCUCGGUGUCCUCUUUGGCUGGCACCGUUACCGGCUGGUUGGGCAAUCGUAUUCAAAUUCCCGGUUUGAUUGAUACACCCGUUGCUGAGAGCACCACAACAACUACCACCACGACCACAACUCCUCGUCCCGAUGUUAUUGUCAGGGUCCAACAUCGCCCCACCACUCGUAGGCCUUUUGUGAACAACAACAUCCCCAAUCGCCCACAUCGCUUCAGUGACAACGGUAUCUAUGAUUCCGAGGAAUAUUACGACGACUACGAAAACGAUUACGAUGGUGAUUACGAUAAUGACUUCAACAACAAUGACGAUGAUGAUGACUUUGUACGUGAUGAUGACAACGUUGACAACGAGGAAGAUGACGGAGCAGAAGAAGAGGAAGGUGUAGAAGAGGAGGAGGAGGAAGAGGAACGUCCAGAUCGUGACGAGAAACGUAAACGUCCCGUGAAGGAAGAAAGCGAAGAAGAACCAGAAGAAGACGAUAAUGUUACUGAAAAUAAACGAAAGACCAACAAGGAUCGUAACGAAAAACGUAAACGUCCCGUAAAGGAAGAAAGCGAAGAAGAACUAGAAGACGACGAUGAUAUUGCUGAGGUCAAUGAUUUCAUCGAAGAUUAUGAAGAUGCGCUAAAUAAUGACUUCUUCUUUGGCAAGGGACAUGGCUCGACAAAACGUUCCCAGACUCAACAAGGUUUCAUCCAAUUGGGUCAACAAAAUUUGAUCGAUCAAAUCCGUCAAUUGACCAGGGGACAAACUGUCCAAGAAUCUGGAUCUGGUAUUCGCAAAGUUUCUUCAACGAAACAAACCCGCCCUCAAGCCACCUUGAUUAUUAAUCGCAAUGGACAGACUGUUUUCAUUGGUCCUGAACCCGUUGAAUUUACAUCAAGCGGUAAUCACAAGGUUUCGCAGUCCACCACAUCAUCUGCCAGUUCCAACCGCCGUCCUGGCUACAAUUAUCCCCAACCACCAUUGACUGUGCCCUUGAGACGUAAGGGACAACCCACCCAGUACAUAACUAUUCCCUGGAGCCAGUUGGGUAUUUCAACACCCAGCAAUUUGGUUUCGGUGACCGAUGGCAUUCAAACUCAACCCUUGAUUUUGAACAUUCCCCAAAGUGCCUUGGAGGCUAUGCAAAACCCUAGACCCAGCAAGAAUAAGAAACCCAUAAUUACUUCAGAUGCUGUGCCAUUGUUGGCCGAAGCCUCCCUAAUGGAUGUUUUCAAGCCACCACAAAUUCCACCAGCACGUACUCCCUCGGCUACCAAGAACUCCUUCAGGACCUCCUCCUCUUCGUCAUCAUCAUCGGUAAAACCCGUUAUCAUCACAACCAAAACAAAACAACGUAUCCGUCCAGGUACAAUCGUAGAGAAAGCUCCCGAAGUGACUGAAAUGGAAAAUCAAAAGGAAGAGAAACAACAGGAAGCAGAUCAAGAAGAAACUCAGUUCAUUGUUAUCGGUGAUGAUGGUGAACAGGGUUUGGGUCGUCAAGCCUAUGCCCGUCUGAAUGCUGCUCGUAAAUAUCACGCUUUAAAUCCUUAUUACCACAUCAUUCAAGGUCAACCAAUUAAUUUGCGUCGUGGACGUGAUUUGGAGAUGGGAGGCGAAAUGAAAAUGGAAGAAGUUGUCGCCGAUAAAAUGGAAGAACCUUUAAAGAUGGAAGAUGUAGAACCAGUUGAGAAAACUGACGGUGUUAUGAUGAUGAUGGAGGAACCUUUCAUGAUGAUGGAACCAGAAAUGAUGAUGCAAAAGGAAGAAAAAAUGAUGGUGCAAGAACCAAUGAUGAUGCCUGAAGAUAAAAUGGAAGUGCCAGUUGAGAUGAAAGAACCUGCCAUGGUUGAGGGAAGACAUGCUGCCGUUGAGAAACAAGAAGAGAUGAUGAAGGAGGAAGUCACGAUGAUGGAAGAACCUGUCAUGAAAAACAAACAAGUUAUGAUGAUGGAAGAACCAGUUAUGAUGAAGAAAGAUGUUAUGGUUGAGGAACCCAUGAUGGAAGACAAAAUAGCUCCCGUCGUCCAAGAGGCACCAGCAGUAACUCCAAUGACCCAGGUUGGCGAACAGUUAAUACCCGUACAAAUUGUCACUGCCGAAUCGGAUAUCAUGAAAAGCUCUGAAGCUGUAGUCGAUGACACCAAACCCGAAGAAGCCAAAUCUGAAUAG